GAGAAGUCAUUAAAGUUCCGUUUUAUCCUCCUCCUUGCUGUUCAUCUCAACAAGAAUAUAGAGUUAUCCGCCCUUCGCUUCGCACCAAAUUCGUUUUAUUUGCGUGCGAAAUGGCAAACCUGCUGGAAGCGAUCAAGUACCAGCGAGGCAGCUUAAAGAUCUUGGAUCAAACCUUGUUGCCAGAAAGCUUCGAUUAUAUAACACUCAAGAAUACAGACGAUGCUUGGCAUGCUAUAAAAGAUAUGAAGGUGCGGGGAGCUCCGGCUAUUGCUAUCACUGGUUGCUUGUCGCUGGCCGUUGAGCUCAGCAACUCCCAGGCCAGUUUCCAAACCACAGAAAAACUGAGUGAAUUCAUUGGGAAUCGGCUGAAGUAUUUGGUCAGUGCCAGACCAACAGCUGUGAACAUGAAGGAAGCGGCAUCUCGUCUGUCUUUGUUAGCAGAACAACUGUCAGCAUCAGAGAAAACAACCACUGUACAUGAUGUAAUGGACAGGAUCACUGCUGAAAUUGAAGAAAUGUUGGAUAAAGACAUCACCGACAAUAAAAACAUUGGCAGAAUUGGUGCUGAGAGGAUCCUGGCAGACAGCAACAACUUUCCAGUGUCUGUGGUCACACAUUGUAACACAGGUUCUUUGGCCACGGCUGGUUAUGGUACAGCUUUAGGGGUCAUCCGUAGUUUGCACAAGAAGACAAUGUUGAAGCAUGUUUACUGCACCGAGACGCGUCCCUAUAACCAGGGCUCACGCCUGACAGCCUUCGAGAUAAAACACGAACAAAUGCCUGGAACUUUGGUCUGUGACAGCAUGGUGGCAAUGUUGAUGAAAGAGAAGAAUAUCGCCGCAGUGGUCGUGGGAGCUGACCGGGUGGUCGCCAACGGAGACACGGCCAACAAGAUUGGAACUUAUCAGCUGGCCAUUGUUGCCAAGUACCAUGGGGUUCCGUUCUAUGUAGCGGCACCCAGCACGUCAUGUGACAUGGAACUGAAAUCUGGAGCAGAGAUCGUCAUUGAAGAGAGAAAUUCCAAGGAGAUGACGAGCAUCAAAGGGGUUGCUACUGCCCCCAAAGACAUGUCAUGCUGGAAUCCUGCCUUUGAUAUAACCCCAUCUGAACUGAUUACUGGUGGCAUCAUAACAGAAUUUGGACUUUUCAAGCCAUCACAGCUGGAAACUGAACUGGAAUUGGUACUUACAACUCAAAAGAGAAAAAAGCUGAAACAAUAACCAAUUCUUUCGUGUUUGUGGUCACUGCAAGACCCCUGACUGUGUUUGUGGUCACUGCAAGACCCCUGACUGUGUUUGUGGUCACUGCAAGACCCCUGACUGUGUUUGUGGUCACUGCAAGACCCCUGACUGUGUCUGUGGUCACUGCAAGACCCCUGACUGUGUUUGUGGUCACUGCAAGACCCCUGACUGUGUUUGUGGUCACUGCAAGACCCCUGACUGUGUUUGUGGUCACUGCAGGACCCCUGACUGUGUUUGUGGUCACUGCAAGACCCCUGACUGUGUUUGUGGUCACUGCAAGACCCCU